UGGGACGGUGAUGCUCACGCAUGCAGAACACCCCCAGGGCUUGGCCAUUGGUCCGCUACAGCCAGAGGCUGUUUUGACGGGCCGCCUCCCUUGUCAAUCAGGCUAACUUGCGGGGAUCUCAGGAACCAAGGAAUUUGCCUCGCCAUAGAAAAAAUGUUGGGGUGAAGUUAUUCAACUUCUCAACGUCCGGAUCCAACCCAACCCUCGCUUGCGCUUUUCCUAUGUUAUCGUUAUGAGCAUCUGGUCAUGGAGAUCCGGGGCAGGGGACACUGGCCAAGUGGUGUACACAGCAGCAGUAGAAGCAGCCCUUAAUAUAAAAAGUAGACUAGAAACCAUCACGCUUGAUCAUGGAGACCGUGGAGGAGACCGUGGAGCAGCUCGUGUCCUUUAACCACAUCCACGUCCAGCUGCAGGGAGGCGCUCCGUGGGGAUUCACGCUGAAAGGGGGACUGGAGCACGGCGAACCGCUGACCAUUACUAAAAUCGAGGACGGGGGCAAGGCUUCUCAGAGUAGGAAGCUGAGAGUGGGAGAUGAGCUGAUCAACAUCAAUGGCUCUCCGCUCUACGGCUCUCGGCAGGAGGCUCUCAUCCUCAUCAAGGGCUCCUAUCGUUUGCUUAAGAUCACCGUACGCAGGCGCAGCGUGCCCCUUGGCAGGCCGUACUCGUGGCAUGUGGCCAAGCCGGCCGAGUCUGUGAGCGUGGCAGGCACUACAGACGGCAUUUCGGACAUGCAGCUCCACCCUGCCCAUUUCCCCACGCUCUGGCACUCCGCAAACAACAAUAGUGAUCUGUCUAUGCAGUGGAGGCCUCUCUCCAGACGCCAUAGCAACUCAGGGGGCAGCAUGGAAAGCCUUGAGAACCCCCCCAGCCAGAGAUACUUUGACAGCCAACUGUCCCCCGUGGACUCCACCCUUCUCAACAACAAGCGAGAUUCAGCCUACAGCUCCUUCUCCGCCAGCUCCAACACUUCAGACUAUGCACUAUCUCUAAGGCCUGACGACGGCAGCUCCAUGGACAAUAUCCUUCACGGUCUGGCUUCCAGCUGCCCAGACGGUCACCAUCCGUCGUCUUCCUCUGCCAGCGGACUUCGAGACCAGGCGGAAGAAGCUGGCGGAAGUCUAAAGUCCCGAUCGAAGUUUAUCAGAGCUGAGGCGAAGAACCGGCCUUUGUCCUACAGCUACGAGGACGAGCACCGCAAAGCACCCCCACAGCCUCCAGCCAGGAAGGACAGCUUCAGGGCCACCAGAGCCCGGGCAGGUAUUCCAGACAAACGCUGCAUCUCCGCUCCAGUAGGAAUUCCAAACCCAUCGUGUUACCAGGGGGAGGAUCCACAUCAGCAAAGGCACACGGGUUCUUGGAAAAGAAAUGGAUUUGAAAGCGGGUCCCUUGGAAAGAGGGGAGAUUCCAAACAUGGCAGUCUAGAACCAUACUUCACAAUCAGCUCAAAUACCGAACCACAACCAAGAGACCAUAGACACAGUCAAGAUGAGGAGAGCAGAGACCACUUUCAAGAAAAUCAUCUUCAAAGACUACAAAGAGGAACGUGCAGCCCAAGGCUCCAAGUAUCUGACAGCCAAACGAAACAAAGUGUCAUUGAGAAAAGCCUACAUAGCCAGGCCGAUGACCACAGUGACCGGCCUUUGUCCGCCUGUAGCAACAGCGAUCGCCUAUCGUCUGUCUGUAGCAACAGUGACCGCCCUUCGUCUGUCUGCAGCAGGUGGUCCCAGUCACGGUUGUACCCUCAGGAGGAACUGGAAGAGAACGGUGAUCUGGAUUCGUUAUCUCCAAACCAGUGGAGUGGCAGCAGAUGUUCUACUCCGGGGUCCAUCCCUGACUCUAAGUGGGGGAGGCCAUGUAAAGACCCAGAAAUCUUGAACUCCCCACCGAGGUCAACUCCCCCUCUUCCACCACAUGCCUGGGGCCGCUCUGUAAGCGUACCAGGUGAACAGAUGAACGGGUUCUCCGGCAAUGGGAGAACAAAGCCAUCGCACUCGCACUCUCCCGUCUUAGAACAAGACUUCCUGCCCAUCAGUUCGUCUGUAAGCAUGGAUGCCAUGCUGGACGAAAGGCCAGAAAAUGCUGUCGAUGGAAAAGUAUGUGAUGAAGAAAUGAUGAUGCCCUUGCGCAAGUCCUCCCGGAAGUUGCGGUCCUCGAAAUUUCGCAGACGCAACGAACGGUUUGCGACUAAUCUCCUGAAUGAGAUACAGAGGAAGAAGGCUGAACUUCAGAGGCCCGGGAAAAGCCCCAAUGAGUUCCUGGAUGAUGAAGAGACUGUAAACAAGGAGGAAAGCAGAGAGUUUGCACCUGAGACAAAGAACAUUUUCAAAAAAGAAGAAACCCCAUUGCCUUCCUCAGAUGUACAACAGUCAGCAUAUGUCUGUAGCUCUCACAAGAGACAUGCAGACAGCGAACCUCUUCCCUCUACGGAGGAGCAGCUCAGACAAUUUACAUCAAGCGUCAGUCCUCCUCCACUCCACAAACCACCACUUUCUCCCCCUUUUGAAAAAGGACCAAGUGCCACCUGCAUCCAACACUUGCCCCCUAAACUCGAUUAUGGGAGGAAAGGGGAGGAAAUACUAGCUGAUGGUAGUAGGAGCCGCCAAUGGCGCUGGACACCAGAGCACAAACUCCAGUCAGAAGCAGACACAGGGAGAAAAUGGACAAAGGGGAAAGGGUUUCUAUCCUCAGGCCGUGGCCUGGAACAGCAGACGACCACAAACCCGCCACCUUUUUCCCGCUCGUCCAGUCGAACGGUGGAGAGUGACAUCAUGCCUUUUGCUGACCGCAGAAAGUUUUUCGAGGAGACCAGCCGCAAUCUCAGUCAGUCCGUCACAAACCUCUCAAAGAUCAGUGUUAACCAGCAGCACAAGCCGGAGAGGCAAUGGUACAGAGAGCCCCAUGUGUCCUCUGUACAGCCCGCUGGACCUGCUCCGCAGAUCACCUUCAGGAGGUUCUCCUACCAGGGAGGCCUCCAGCAGAAUGAGCAGUUUCCAAAACCCACCGAUGGCCGAAGACAGGUCGCAAGCCAAAGAUCCCCAGACAGGAUUAUUAAAGGGAACGACCGAGAGAGGGAGAAGGAUGAGGAGCGAGAGCUACAGAGGCUAAGGGAGGCAGCCAGAGAGAAGAUGAAGGAAUUAGAGAUGUUGAGACAGAGGGAGAGACAGAUGGAGGAAGAGCAAGAAAGAAAGAGAGUAAGAGAGCGUGAAGCGGAGCUUCGACGAUGGGACGAAGAAAGGCAGCGAGAAUAUGAGUUUAACCAGGAGAGCACACAGCCACCUGAACAGCUGAAAAUGCACAACAGGGAAAACGCAGAAUUGGACAGUGAAUCGUCAUGGUAUGGCCGUGAUCAUGAAACGUACAGUGAUGCUGUACCUCAACCUGUGACUCAGGACUUUUGUCAAACAUCACAGCCCUUGCAUCCAUCCCCCUGUCGUCCAACCUCUGGCUGUGUUGAUAGAGAACCCAUCUGCUCAGCUUUCUAUCCAGUUGGUGGUCCAGUUCAACGCAACAGCCAGUGUCCAUCACCUGCGUACAGCCUGAGAAGCUACACCCAAACAGAGGCAUAUCCUGUUAGACAGUGGGAACCAACCAAGCUGAACAGGAAGUUCAGCCUGACUGAGAGGGACUCACAAUGCCGGCAUGGUGACUGCAGGCUUGGAAAUGGCUCGGUUUGUCGGUGUUCCAAUGGGCCAAGGAGAAGCAGGGCUCCUGCGGGCAGCAAGCCAGAGAGCUUCUUCUCGCCCUCGCCUCUCCGCUAUCGUGCAAUGUCAGAAAACAACCUCAGCGUGGACCAGAGGUGCUCUCAAAGGCAAAUGCUCUCUGAAACGCCCACGUUGCAAGAGGAAGGCCGAGAUUAUUCAAGUCUCACCAAACCGAAAGCAGCGCCGCCACCCCGUCCCCCUCCUCCUAAGUGGGAUCAGUACUUCAAGCGGAGAGCUUCCCACCACAGCUUCUUCCCCUCCUCCACCACACCAGCUCAGUUAUCGCCCUGGCAAUCCCAGGCUGAGGCCAGUCCCCCGUCACCCCUCAGUGUCCCUGAGGUGACAAGGCAGAGGGCAUACAGCCUCCCACCAGCAAGAGAGGGUCUAGCCAACAGGCACCCCCACCAGGAGAAUCCCACCACAGUAGCUCCCAGCACCACCAACCUCUCUCAGAGAACAUUCAGGCCCGUGGUGUUGACACCGGAAGAGGAGGUCAAACCUAUUGUUCUAGUCGAUAAUGAUCAGAACACAAGGUUAUCUGAUGCUACAGCACCACCACUGCAGGCAGAUCGCAUUCCACCACCGCCAGCCCCUCCGGGUCCUCCUCACAGACACGGGGCGACCGCCGAGUGGGACCGCGGUGGCUCCACACAGGAACACUCCAGCAGCAGCAGCAGCAGAAUAAACAACACAACAACAACUCACAGUGCAUUGGUCCAGGAAAAUAACUCUCACAAAACACAAGAGCUCACCCCAGAGUCCUACUGCUCCAUUGACGAACAGUCUCCACAGCAUCAGCAGCAGUGGGAGCAGGAACAGGAACAUAUGACCGGCUCUGUCACCCCUACGCUCAGCUCCAGGCAGCUGGACCACUCCACGCCAACACGCACUACUCCGUCUCCAACAUGCACUACGUCUCAAACACAGGAAGUGAAAGACGCUCCUCUUGAGACGGACAUUGACGAGCAGACGGAGGGGGAGACGGCGGGGGACAGCGGGGAGCCAGGGCCUCCAAUGGAACUGCAGUGUUUCGCAUGUCCCAUCACUGUCCUGGAGACAGACAUGGACGCACUUCUCGAUGAGCCCCCACAGGUGGAGGAGAAGCCACUUCCAAGGAGACGGUCGCUGGAGAAACGCGUGACUGUGGAACAGGAUGAAGAAUCACUGGAGAGGCCUUCUGCCCAAGAUGGAGUCCAGUCCCACCUCCCAUUUCAGCAGGAGUCUUCAGCUAAUGCUCAGCUGCUGGAGAAAAUGAAGACCGCUCUGAAUAUAAGCCAUCAUGAAGACGAGGAGCUCAAUUACAAAAGGCAACUGAUGGAGAGUCUGACGAAGAAGCUGAACGUGUUGCAGGAGGCCCAGCGAGACUUGCAGGAGGACAUCAGAGCCAACGCCCAGCUGGGCGAGGAGGUGGAGACCUUGGUCACGUCCGUCUGCAAACCCAACGAGGUGGACAAGUUCCGCAUGGUCAUCGGGGACCUGGAGAAAGUCAUCAGCCUGCUGCUGUCCCUCUCAGGCAGGCUACUGAGAGUGGAGACCGCCCUGGAUGUGGAGACGGGUCACCACGAGAGGCUCCCCUUGCUGGAUAAGAAGACCCAACUCCUGCAGCAGCUUCGUGAGGCGCGGGAGCUGAAGGAGCACGUGGACCGGCGCGAGGAGGCGGUGGGGCGGGUUCUGAGCAGCUGCCUGACGCCGGAGCAGCUGCGCGACUACAAACACUUUGUCAAGAUGAAGGCGGCGCUGCUGGCCGAGCACCGGCAGCUAGACGACAAGAUCCGCCUCGGGGAGGAGCAGCUCCGCGGCCUCAGGGACAGCGUGGGACAGGAGUGAACAUCGAUCAGGGCCGGAUUAUGAUUGGCAGGGACCCCUAGGCUAAAGGUUACUGUAGGCCACCACAGAAGGCAAAUUGUGCAACAAAAUGACAUAGGCCGCAUCAUAUUUCCAAGAUAGGAAUUAGGAAUAACAUGUUUGCAGACAAUCUUUUCAAUACUGCAUCUUGUCACAAUUCUGCAAUUACUAAUCCCCCUUUUUUGGCCAACCAGGUCCCCCCUGGCAGGUGUGGGCCCCUAGGCUGCAGCCAUACCCAAACGGGUCAGUUGUCAAGGUCCCAGAGAGAGAGGGUGGGUCUCCAGUAGUUUGUAUGUAUUGUAGAGAGGGUCCAUUUCUCAUCCCAGGCCUUGCCUCGGCUGGCAGUGGCCUUGAGAGCAGGAUGUUGGAGACAGUGAUGACAAGCUCCAAUUAACACGUUUUAUUAUGUGUGAUUUUUCGGCCCCUGUAAUGCUUACAGACAGUUGCAAUGGCCUGAAAUGCCCCACUUCAAUUAAGUGUUUUAAUGGAAGCUUGUUGAUGUUCAGACCAUCAUUGUCUGUAUUUAACUUGGCCCUGCCCCCAUAUGAAACCUGCACCCAUGUUGGAUGUAUGUGAUACUUGACCAUGUGAGCAGGGCAGGGAUUGAUUACAAUUAUGAUGGUAACAUGGUUUUCAUUCAACUCGUUCAUGUGCAUUUUAGCUAUUUGAGUUACAGGAUCCCAUCAAGGCAAGUUACUAUUAUGGGUAAGGGUGUGGAAAAUGGGCAUAGUCACAAAGUGCAGAAAUGACUGGUUUUAUAGGUUUUAUAGGUAAAUUAUAUUUUAUAGGUUAAUGCUAUUUUAAAUGCUUUAGCUCGAGACAGUAGGCAGGGAAAACAGUACAUCGACUACUGAUUGACUGUUCAAUGUAUUGAAUCUCUCCAAUUUAGUGUUCUCUUCUUCAAACUUUGUAGGGCAGAGAAGAGAAGUUGCAA